CCUGGCGCACAUGCGCGUGCCCAUUCGCUGUAUAUGUGGUAGUGAGCGCGGACAGGGGCUGCUGGAUGUUUCUGACUACCAGGUGCUGAUCAGGCCGACGAGGCCAGAAGAUAAACACAUGCAGACAUGAUCCCUUAUUCUCUCUGAGGAACUGACCAAUCAGCAGUCAGGAUGAUGCCCAAGCAGCAGUUGGCCCAGACGUCUCCGGGGAGUGUGUUGUCCCUCAGAGGGACCAGCAUCCCAGGAUCCCCUGCCGCCGCCAUCGUGGCCAGAGUGGAGGACGGCGUUAUCUGCUACAAGGAUCUGGCAGCGCUGCCGAGAGACAAAGCCAUCCUGGACAUAGAAAGACCAGACCUGAUGAUCUACCAGCCGCACUACAGCUACAGUCCCCUGGAGAGGUCCUUGUCUCCUCGCUCCAUCUCUCCUCCUCCCUCCCCGGAGAACUCGUCCAAGGAGUCCAGGGAAUGGCUGGAGAACCGAUCCCCUGGGGGCUCUUCACCUAGCUCCACCAUCCAGAGCAGCAGGACACAUAGCACACACACACCACCAACGCCCAACAUGGCGAACACACCAACCAUACAGAGUUCUGGUCCCAAGAGCACCCUGCACCACUUUCACCGGCCUGAAAAUGGUACAAACAUCUACAAGAAGCCUCCAAUCUACAAACAAGAUGCGUCGUCUCCGGCCGUCCCUCAGGGGAAACACAUUGAAGAUCUGAUCAUCGAGUCCUCAAAGUUUCCAGCAGCCCAGCCUCCAGAUCCAAACCAGCCCUCCAAAAUCGAGACAGACUACUGGCCCUGCCCCCCCUCCCUGGCUGUGAUUGAAAAGGAGUGGAAGAGGAAGGAGCUGAGGGAUGAAGAGGAGGAGGAUGGAGAGCUGGAUGAUGAAUUGUGGGGACUCAGAGUGCUUCAGAAACAGGAACUCAACAAGAUUCAGUCCAAUCUGGGAAAAAUCAUCCUGAAGGAGGAGCUGGAGAAGUCUGCGGCUCCUCUGAGGAGGAAAACCCGCUCCCUGCCGGACCGCAGCCAAAACUCCGGGUCCAUCACCACCAGGGCGGUGUAUUUCCCAGCGUCCUCUAAGAGCGGCCUGUCCCGGCAGCUGCAGUCGGCAGAGUUCAGCUCCUCUGAGAAAACUCAGACAGGUCUCCAGAACGGCGACUCCAGGAUGGACCGAGGAAACUCGCUGCCCAGUAUGUUGGAUCAUAAGAUUUUCCCCUAUGAGAUGCUGGUGGUGACUCACAGAGGACGCAGUAAACUCCCUCCCGGUGUGGACCGGACCAGACUGGAGAGACACCUCUCUCAAGAGGAGUUCUUCAGUGUUUUUGGGAUGUCCGUCGAGGACUUUGAUCGUCUCUCUUUAUGGAAGAGGAAUGACCUGAAGAAGAGGGUCUGUCUCUUCUGACACCACCAGAACUGCAUGUUCCACGAUCCCCUGCUCGUCCCAGAUCAGCAGGCUGGAAGCCAAACGGACUGCAAACAUUAUCAUCAGCCAACACGGACACACCGCCAUCGACACUUCAGUUUGUAGACGUCAGGCGGCUUUGGGUUUGCAGAGAAACAUGGAUGGUUUUUAGAGCUCUGCUGCACACAUUAACGACACCUGUUUAACGCCAUGCUUCAGUCAUGAACCACAACCCUACCGAGCAAGCACAAAUAAUAAGUCUGCAGGCAAGAAGUUGACAAAGUGAAACAUAAAGGUUGACAGAGAAGCAGCAGGGUGAGCUGAUACUUUCCACACAUCAUCUAAACAGCAUUUUCAUCCAGAAACCCUCUGAAUCCUUUCUGAGCCUCAGUUAAAAAUACAUUCCUGCUGGCUUUGAGUCAGUUUUCAGACUAAACCAGUGAGCAGCCUCUUAGACAGAGCGCUCCUAUUGGCUUAGCCAGCUAUGAUGUCAUAGUGACAGUGUUUCUUUCCCUGCACUGAAGGGAAGAACAAGGAGGCAGUUUGAUGGUAGUUAUGCAGGCUGAUGCUAAUGCUAUGUGCUAACUGCUUUUCACUAUAGUUUACAAACAGGCUGAAUGUUGGAAUAGAUUUAACUAACAGAGCUGAUUUUUUUUAAUCAAACUGAAAUCAAUAACUGACUUUAAACACAUCUGAAUGGUAAAAAAAAAAAAAAAGAGCAAACUGUGGGAGUCCAGGGGAAAUAAGCCUCGUUCUUUUCUAUCAUUAUUCGUCCAGAUGUAAGCACCGAGAUAGCAGACAUGUUUGAGUCUAAUCUGGGCUACAUUUGGCCCUCAUGCACAAGUUCAUUUUCACAGAGGGUGCUUUGUUCUUAAAAAAUAGUGAAAGAUGCUAUUUCUGGGAUGAAAGCAGGAUUAGAAAGCACAUAACUGGUUUAAUAAGACUCGCUGGGUAGUUUAUACGCUCCACAUGUAAAACCUCGGUGGUACCAAAACCAGCUCAGCUUCAGUCUGAGCUGCAGUCAAACUGUCUGCUCCUUGUUUUUCUCUCUAAUUCAGCAAAAGCCACUGCCGCACACACAGACACACAGAAACACACACCUCUGAGAGAUAUUUGCAGUGUAGAAGAGCAGUGAUGAAAGCCGAGCUCAGACACGAGGCUGAACUCUGCCUCCAUGCAGCUCCGUUCCUCCAAUCAGCACGUUGUAGACGUUCAGUGUCGGUUAGAGUUGCUUCGUGACCAAAUGAUGUGCAGCUAUUUUUUAACCUCUGCAGACAAGUGGCAUGUUUGUUAUGAACUAUAUCUAAAGGAAAGUUUAAAAUUCUUUAGCAGAACAUGAAUGUUGAGAAGAAAAUGAUCUUUUCUGAGAUUUUUGACGACAGAAGAAUGAUGGAAAAUCACUGGAUAUUUUUCACUUUACCUUGAACUGAUUUUGUCGUUAACACUUAAGUAUAUGUGUAAAGACAUCAGCACCCAUAGUUAAAUAUAAAUAUUACUCACCAGCAUUGUAUCUGAUUAACAGGUUAAAUCUCAUUCUGCACAACAAAACAUAACAUUAUUAAACUUAUUUAACACCUUAAUUCAUCUAUAAAUAAAUAAAAACCAGGUGUUGAGUCGUGACUGAACCGGAUUCAGUGGUGAUAUAUUAUAAAAUUGUAUUCAUCAACAAGCCAGACUGAUGCAGAGAGUUUGGCUAUAAACCAGAGAGAUGAUUGCUAACCUCUGAAGAGUAAACUGCUGAUUUGUUUUCAUGUGAAACCGGUUACUCAGCAAAGUCUCACCUCAGACCUUUGAGCAACUUAUAAACUAAUAACUAGGCCUCUUUUUUGAAAUUUCAUGAAAUAUGGGGAAACUGCAAAAACCCUUUCAAUUUCAAAAUAUACUGAGUGUAAACAUUUCAAACCAAAACCUACAUGUCAUUUCUGUCGAGAUUUCCGAGACCUGGGAAUCACAUCAAACACAAGGAUUAGCUCACUGUCCAGGCUAAACAUUAUAAACAUUACAAGCAUCAACAUGCAUCACACAAACACAUUUAAUGAGAUGCAAAUGAACAGAAAUGCUUUUAAAUAGUUUAUUACUGCAGCUCACCAGUAUUUAUUUAGUUUUGUUUUAUUCAUGUUUGCAUGGGGCAGCCAUGUUGGAUUCUGAGGAUGUGGCUGGGGAGGUUAGGUUAGUCAGUGGGAAUUCCAGUUCAUUUUUUCCCUCUGGUAACUCGGAGCAGAUCAACAGAUUGGAUGUGAAAUCAGACCGUUUGCUGAAGAAUCCUCCAGAAGGUGCUCUGAUUUCAGCUUGAGCUAAUAAAAGCCUGGCUCAUCUCUGAGUGAAAAAAGCUAAUAAUGGUGUGUUUGCAACAAAAAUGAACAAAGCUAGCAGGUGAAGCCAUGCUAAGAGGACGGUUAGAACACCAAAAGCUCAACAGCUCUGAAAUCAUAAUCAUAAGUGACAACAUAAAGCUUUGUUCCUACUUUGUAUUGCUAAUAAUAGCUAGCCUCGUCAGUGAGCACAUCCAGCCAAGUUUCCCAGGUUAUUUCCAGCCUUACUUCAUUAACUUUAUAAAAAUAGAUGUAAAAUAUUUCAUGAUUUAAGCUUUUUCUUAUUGUAGAGAGUUUUUAAAUUUGUGCUUUUACAAAUUAGCAUGCUGUGGAUGUGACUGAGCGUUGGCUAAUUACGUCCUCACGUGUUUUUAUAAGGCGAAAAGUGGAUCAUUCAAGUCAGUUGAAGCUCUAUCAAGUCUAAAAACAGCAGCGCUACCUGCUAAAUGCACGCAGUUCAUUUUCAAAGCGGUAAAACAUCUCUAUGUCUCUGAGCUUUACUCCUUUUAGAGGCUUGCAGUCUGUUCUCACCAGUUCGUGAUCCUUCCUGUGAUUUACUGAACGCACCUUUAAAUCAGUGUUUUCAGCAGCUCGGACUUGCCUGAGAUUUUAACUCUGAUGAAACUCACCGUCACUUUUCAGCCCUGCGUCACGUUUGCUUUGCAGCUUCCUGCAUCUCUAGAACGACGAGACUGCUAAAACAAAACAAAAAGAGCAGAAACUGGAUGGAGAUGUGUCAGAGUGAGCAAGCAUUGGCCACUUUACAUUGAGAUGAGUUCCUGUUUUAUUUUUUCUUUAUGUUUUAUUUCUUUUAGGAAUGAUUCUGAAGCUGUUUACUGAUACUGAGAGGGUUCAGGCUUUGUUGUGAUUUGGUUUGUGUAGUUAGAAACCGGUUGUGAGUUGCUGUGACUGACACCAUGAUGACACAAAGAUUGUUCCAUGUUUCUCUUUUUGUACAUUUUGAGGUGUUUUCUUCUGUUUUUAUUGAGUUGUUUUAACACGCAGGAUGACUUUAACGCUUGUCGACGCCUCUGAUCCGUUUAUGCUGUGAGCAGUCUUCAUAUAAACUUCGCUGGCUGUUACACUUUCAUGAUUCAGAUAUAAACAAGCUUUUAUCAAACUGGUCAAAUAUUUUCAGACCUGAUCCACAAAGGCACCUGAAUACAAUUAUUACAUUUAUACAGUUGAUCUGAAAUUCUGGCGUAUACAUUUUCUACGUAUAUUUAUUUUUCCAUCAACUUUCUGCAACAAAAUGAAGUGCAACACAUGAACCUUCUGACUGAUUUUAAAUCAAAUUAGCAUCAGGUUUAUUCUGGUUGUCACCUGAUAAAGGCCAAAAUGAUCCCACAAUGAUCCCAUUAAAUAAAAAUGAAAGAUAAUUCCCAUCCUUAACUACUUUCUCCAGCUCGUGUUUAUAGAAGUAUUAAGUCAGUGAGUGAUGGACAAAUGAUUGAGAUUCCCAGUUAAAGUGGUUGAUAAGUUGCCGUAUCUCAGAGGUCGGAGUCGUCGACGAUGACUCAGCGAAGUCGUCCUGCUGCUGUACAUACAUGAACACUGAAUGAUAUUAUGGUAUUUACUGUUGUUGUUUUCAUAUCUGGAUGCAGCUGCUGUAACAGAUGAAUGGUGAUGUGAGUGAUGAACCAGGAGUUACAAUAAAGAGCAUUUCUAUUUGCUUUCAGGA